CGACAGGGAGGACACACCACCGGACAACUGGAUCUUGCGAUCAGCUAGACGCCCGAUAGCCCACGUGUCCUUAGGACCGGAGGGUGAUAGGAUUAUGUUCCGCCAGCUUAGGGAGAGGCAGCAGCAGAGGAGAGCUAGAGCAGCCGAGGCCAGCAGGGCUUUCGCUAGCGAGGCCACUGCUAUAGCAGCCAUGGCCACUUCUGCUAUGGUCACUUCUGCGCAGCAGACUUCCCAGGCCAGCAGUUCAGGUAUCGUCGGGUCAACGGUCGCGCAGACCGUGAGUCAGUCCACUGGCGUUAUGGCAAGCCAGGCAGCAGUGUUGACCUCAAAGGAUGUCGCCAUCCAGCAGGCAGCCCUGCAGGAGGCACAGUUACAGCAGGCAUUAGGGCAGAUAAAAGCGGAGAAGGAGAAGAUGAUUAGAAGAAGAGCUAGGAUGCAGCGGAGAGGGGCAAAUAUAGAGGAGUUAGAGACGAUGGACCUGACGAACAUGGAUGAUGAUGUGAGGGUAGUUAGGAGGGCCCUGCUACGAGUAAUAGAGAUGCAGGAGCAUCAGACUACCAUCCUUCAGGAUAUCCAACAGAGCCUAGCCAUUCUGGCAGGGCGUGCUCAGGUGGCACCAUCACCAUCCGGGCCUGGUGCCUGGCCCGUGCCAUAUCCUCCUUUUUCUGUCCCACCGGUGACAGGGGUAUCCCCAUAUGUAGCCCCGUCAUCGGUUGCGAUCGUUUCCCUGGGCAUGCCGCUUUCAGGAGGGGUAUCACCAGGGACUAGUUUUGUUACUCAGUCUUUGGUGGAAGCCUAUCGCGAGGAUCAGUUCAUGUCUGAGAUCAUACGCAGACUUGAGGCGAAGGACAAGAAGACUUCUGCCGAGUUUGAAUUGGUCAAUGGCUUGCUAUUCCUUGAGAAGGACGGGAAUAAACGAUUGUGUGUCCCAAAUAGCGAGUCUUUGCUUAGUUUGUUUUUAGGUGAGUGCCAUGAUGCCACCGGCCAUUUUGGGUACAAGAAGACCGCAACCAAUCUGCUGCAGCGGUUCUGGUGGCCCACGAUGAUGCGAGAUGCCCAGCUGUACGUGGAGACUUGUCAAGUUUGUCAAAGGGACAAGCCACGCACUCAGGCUCCUCUUGGGCUCUUGAAGCCUCUGAUUCCGGAACGGCCUGGUGAGAGUUUGUCCAUGGAUUUCAUGGAUACUCUAAUCACCAGCAAGAGUGGGAUGCGUCACAUCUUCGUCAUCGUGGAUAGAUUUAGUAAGUAUGCUAGGUUAGUACCAAUGUCGGAAACAGCAAAGACGGAGUAUGUGAUCCGGAUGUUCAAAGAGAACUGGGUUAGAGACUUUGGUUUACCGAAGUCUAUUGUCAGUGACAGGGAUGUUCGGUUUACCAGCGAGUUGUGGAAGGCCGCUGCUGCAGAGCAGGGAACUCAGUUGCAAAUGACUUCUGGGAAUCACCCAGAGGCCAAUGGACAGGCAGAGCAACCGAAUCGCGUUGUGCAACACCUGUUGAGGCACUACAUUAAGCCCAACCAGGUGGACAGGGAUGAGAAGCUUGCUCUCAUCGCCAGCCUGUACAACAAUGUUGUACACAGUGCCACUGGGGUGAGCCCGAACAGUUUACUCCUGACUUUCAAGCCUAGACUACCCCUUGACUUUCUCCUUCAUGAGAACUAAUCAACGACUGCACCGGGUACUUUAGAGUUUGCCUACAGAUAUGAACAGAACAUGCAGCAGGCGGU